AGAAGUCGGUAAGUGGGGCGUGUGCAGAGAGCCCCGCAAGCUCAGCGCAGUAAGGAAAAUGAGCCACAGCUGAACAUCCUUGGGCUCAGUUCCUUUUCUUCUCGGUUCCGGCUGCUGCGGACGUCCGCCGUAGGUGCCUCCCGCACUCCCUGCCCCGGGCGCCGCCGCGAGUGUGGCCCACUCCCCACCAUCUCGGCGCCGACGCAGUGCGCGGAGCAGGGCUGGUGCUCGCCGCCCGUGGCCCGGAGGGGCGCGCUCUGGGCUGGCGCGGCUCGCUCCGCAUCCCUCUCCUCCCGGCUCCUGGCGCCCUCCUAUCUCCGUCUGCAGUCCCAGGCCCUGCCAUGGGGAAUGUGCCAUCUGCGGUGAAGCACUGCCUCAGCUACCAGCAGCUUCUCCGGGAGCAUCUCUGGACCGGGGAUUCAGUGGCUGGGGCACUCGACCCUGCGCAGGAAACAUCCCAGUUAUCUGGAUUCCCUGAGUAUGUUAAAAUAGUGGAAGUUGGACCUAGGGAUGGAUUGCAGAAUGAAAAGGUUAUAGUUCCUACAGAUAUAAAAAUUGAAUUUAUCAAUCAACUUUCCCAAACUGGCUUGUCUGUAAUAGAAGUGACCAGCUUUGUGUCCUCCAGAUGGGUACCACAGAUGGCUGAUCACACUGAAGUGAUGAAAGGCAUUCAUCAAUACCCAGGAGUUCGAUAUCCUGUCCUUACUCCUAAUCUUCAGGGUUUUCACCGUGCUGUUGCUGCUGGAGCCACUGAGAUAUCAGUUUUUGGUGCUGCAUCUGAAUCCUUUAGCAAGAAGAAUAUUAACUGUUCUAUUGAAGAAAGUAUGGAGAAGUUUGAGGAGGUUGUUAAGUCUGCAAGGCACAUGAAUAUUCCAGCACGAGGGUAUGUGUCUUGUGCCCUGGGCUGUCCAUAUGAAGGAAACAUCACACCACAAAAAGUGACAGAAGUAUCUAAGAGAUUGUAUGGCAUGGGCUGUUAUGAGAUCUCUCUGGGAGACACCAUUGGAGUGGGAACUCCAGGAAGCAUGAAGAGAAUGUUGGAGAGUGUCAUGAAAGAAAUCCCACCUACUGCUCUUGCUGUUCACUGCCAUGACACAUAUGGACAAGCCUUAGCAAAUAUUCUUACGGCCCUUCAGGCAAAGGCUGCAUGGACUCAGCACUCCAACCCUAACAUAAUUUCUUUGUGAAUAUUGACAACACAUACUGUUCCACAUGGGAAGAGACUCUUUGUACCUUCCAUGCACAAUUUUCCUUCAUAAACUGUGUUUUAACUGUGAUGGAGUCAUUGUUUGAUGUAUACAUUUUGCCCUUAACUACUUCUGAGAAGCCUAUUGGCUGAAAUAUACAGCAGCAAUAUGAGAUCUGAGCAUCUGGGGCAUGCCUAUAACAAAGGAAGUCUGUAUAAUCAGUUUGGUCUUAGGUGGUAUUCAAAAUAAUCCUUAGACCAUUUUACAGGAGCUUAUCCAAGUACAGCUGAAGAUGACUGGCAUUUUCAGUGAUCAUUUGCAUGCUCUCCUUUAGAUUGCUUUAAAGAAUUUGUAAGGUUGUAUUGGCACAGUAUUAUGGAUUACAUUUUGAAACAUAAAUAAAUCUCUAGAUGAAAUUCAAACCAUAUAGUUGUUAUUCCAGAUAUAAAAGUU